CCUGGAGCGAAUUAUUAAUGCGACUGACGUGUGCGGCAGAAAUUACCUGCACGGAAGUUGAUCCGAGAAAAGCAGCUUCAAAAUGUUAUCCCGUGCUCCUGUGGAUGCUGAACCUCAUGUUAACCAGAUUCCAUUUGGAGAGCACCUUCCAGUCAAUCCGCAUUCAUCCAUCUUCACAGCACUCUGAAAGGUUUUAUGUUCCCCAUGGGACGAUCACUUCUCUGAAAAUAAAAAAUUGAACCGUCAUCGAAAAAUGGUGGCUUUUUUUUUUUUCAGGGAAAUACAUUUACGAUGUUACGGGACGCCAGGUAAUGUUAAAUGAAGCAAAGCAUGCAUCGGUUGUAACUGAACUUUGGAACUGAUCCCAUGGCCUAGAUGACAACAAAAUUAGUUGUCGGUUACCUUGCCAUCAAUCUAAUAUAUUAACCUCGUGAAUCUAGUUAAAACGCCUGUUGGCCAGCAACAAUUACUCAAAAACCUAAAAAAUUCAAAUAAGAUUCAAAACCUACGUAGCAAUUAGAUAACAGAAAAUAGGUGCUUAACUGACUAUUUUGUGACACAAUAACGUGGUAUUCCACUUAGUACAAGAAUAGAACAUUUUAAGAAAUAAAAUGGCAAUGAACUCCCUAAUGAAAACAUCUCUCAGAAAUCUUACGCAGAAAAAGAUUUCGUAUUCUUAAAAUAGCUGCGAAAAACGAAAAUAAACCAAGAGGUCAUUCUCGCGUGUUUCUUCUUCAACUAAGAACGAAAAUAGACCAACUACCUGGAAGUACGCGAAUAAAUAUAGGACGAGGUCGAAACGAAUGCCAUACACUUAUCGCCAAUGGAACUGUUGCUGGUAGAAUCGAUCCGGUAUAGAACUUAGAUCGCCAUGGGAAAAACGACCUACCAAGAAACAUAGUUAAAUUUAGUUUCAACGCCAGUAUAAAUAGAAUACUAUGCAGUCGUAAAGACGAUGCGUAUUCAGGAGGAAUGCCUUCCCAACGGAAUCCACCGUCCCCAAAGUAUUCCUCAAAUCAGGCCCUUUAACAUAUGGCAUUAGAAGGGCGUUUUAGUCCUUUACAUAAAUCUACCAUUCCCAAAUCGUCUACGUUGUACUGAAUUGUUAUGUAAGGCAGCCGCUAAGGAUGAAUAGCAAAACAGACCUUGGGCAAAGUCAAAUACUUGGAAGAAGGAUGAAAUCAUCCUUUAUCUUUCCCACAAUAAAAAGAAUACCCUUCAUGGCAUGCACAUUCAAACGUGGUAGUCUUCAUUCAGAGUCUCUCAUGCACAGUCGUGUCUUACCUGUUUAUUCGACUUGAAUACUAGAAUACGCGCAGCUUACAGCACAUCACUGAACUUCCAAGUGUUUGGUUACCUGUAUAAACAACAAAUAAAAGUACACAAAAUAACAAUCAUGACUCCAGACGUGUUUAGCCUCUUCAGUCAAGCUGUCAACAAAGGGUCAGUAGCAGAGUUAAUCGACAUACGUGACAAAUACACCUGGAAAUCAAUAACAAUCGAGUUUAUCGCCAAAUGUUAUUGCAACAAAGAAAAAGAGACUUCUCUGCAAGUCGCCGUCAAGAACAAUCACUACGAUGUCGUCGAGUUUUUGAUUCAUCAAAUGAAAUUUCACAUUCUGUUAGAACUGUACCCACAAGGAAAACACAACAAACCAAACAGAUGUCCUUUUUCGUGGGAGAAAUUGGAUUAUUCUCAAGUUCUGCCCUCCUUCGUCUUACCCGCAGGCACAUUCGCAGCUAUAUCAGACAUUUGCAAACACGUCCCAUUAAUCAAACUCAUUGAAUACCUAAUUGAUGUAGUCAACGACGAGGCAUAUUGGUUGGACUUCGUUCUCAAUUCGUUUACGGCCAGCUCGCUUCCCAGGCAUGAGAAGAUCAUCGCUCUCGAAUUAAUGGGUGCUGCCUUCAUCUUCAAACAAAUUCUUCACACUCGACGAAAGUCAUUGUGCAAGCAAGCGCCAUGCCAUAACGGACCAUGGCGUGGAUUGCUCUGCUGGAAACAAGCAAUGGCAUUACGUUACUCUACAGCUGGUGGAGCAGAACCCAUUCCCAAAAUUCCUUAUGUUUUCUCUGAAAUUGUUAGCAGCAUCUUUGAGGAAGCUACUGAAUUUGUGACACCAGAGGAACUGGAAGAGCUGGAAGAGCAAUCGUCGAUGCACAGGUCGAUCGGGGGUUGGGACCUUCUCUGUGGACCACUGGUAGUUCAAGCUCUGCUAGUUAGUAAACGAAUAUUAAGUCAAAACAAAACCAGCCAGACUGGCCCCAACUCUUUCCACCUUGAAAACUUACUGCAUUAUGGAAUCUACUGUAAAUUUCACCAACACUACAUUUGUGCCACGAAUAUUUGUCUGCUCAUCUUGGAACAUUCCAAAGAAUUCAACCAAAACUCUUCACCCAAAUGUGUCAAAAUAUUUGCAGAAACAUUUGAUUUAAUGUUAGUCUGUUUGAAACGACGACAGCCAACCAACGGCACUUUAAAACAAGAAUUAUCGUCUGCUAAUCUAUUGGCAAUCGCUAAAUUCGGAUUAGAAAUUUUCGCCAACAUGUUACCUGUUCCACCAGUGACUCUUCCCGACAGGCAGCUCUUUGAUAUCCUCGAAAAAACUUACUUCUUCAUUUCAAAUUGGCUUCCAAGAUUAAAAAAAGACGAAAUUCGCCAGUUAACCGAAUACCUGUCACGUUACAUCCAUUUCUACAAUCAAAAUAACGGCGUCACUAGUCUCCUACACGUGGCGAUCGCCAUGGUUGAUUACCACGGAGGAUUGUCACUUUAUUCUACAAGUCACGCUGUAUCCAUUAUUCAACUGUUGUUGGAAGCUGGAGCCAAUCCCAACGCAGUCGACAAGAACGGCAAAACUCCACUUCAUUUUUUGGCAGAAAAGUAUUCGCGAGACGAAACAUCAGAGUCUUACUUCAUCAUUUUUCAAGCCCUGCUGGAUGCUGGUGGUUACCUGGACCAAGCUGCACCUAAUGGGAAAACAGUUCUUUGUAUACUCAAAGAUCAGAGAAUCAGACAUCCUACCUUAGGCUAUGCCUCUGAUCCUUUCCUUGAUUCACUGAUUGACCCCCAACUUCUCCCUUCUUUCCACAAACACACAUCUACAUCGAGAUCUAUAUAAAUUUAAUUUGUACGUUGUAAUCUUGUUUUAAAUGAAAUAUAUAUAAUAUAUGUACAAUAA